GUUUCCAAACAAAUUUUGAUAGGUUAUUAGGGUUAGGGUAGUGUGCUGACGGAGCAGUGCUCACCUUAUCCUAGAAAAGCUUAUCCCGGAACUUGCAGAAAUCGCAGUACACCAUAAGUUCAUAACCCAAUUUCAGAUCUUCCCUGUUCGCAUUAAAGGUUCGUUUUUUAAUUUCAUUUUAUUUAAAUAUUUGAAAAGAACUUCUCCCUCCCUGUUGUUUCUCGUCGUUGUCAUACAUAGUUUGUCCUGAUACGAGCUUCUUCGUUGAUUAUAAGUCCAUUACUCUCUCUGGGUUCUCUUUGUUUUAGAUUUUCAACGUGCAUGGAUGGAGAAAAUAAAGUAAUAAUCAAAUGGGUAUCUUAAUUCACGUGUUCAGAGUUUCUGAAACUUUAUUCAAAGCCUAUUCUUCCGAUUCUCUCUACCACUCGUGAAAUACGCCUUCUUUCUUACCUCACACUAUUAUCUCCUUCUACUUGCUUGUCCUGAUUCGAAGCUUGGAGUGUCGUUUCCGAGGUUCUCUACAUUUGCUUAGGCGGAAAUCCCCCACUCCGAUAUGUUCCUAAAACUGAAACAGGCGGUGCUACAUUAAGUUCAUAAGAAAGAGCAAUGACAAGAAAGGGCUAGAGGGUCAAAAAGAACCUAAGAAGGUAUAUGAUUUCAUGCUCGACUAUGUUGGUGUGUUUAUCUCUCGAGCCUUUUUGAUUUACCGAAUUCAGAUUUUCAUUUCAGAAUCAUAUUUUUUUAAAAUUACCGUGUUCAAAUCACCAACCAAUCAAGCCCUGUGUUUUUCUGAUGGUUUGAUAGAACGAAGUGAUGGGUGUUCGUUCCCGUAGUGGUAGUGAUCGACUAAGAACAGUUUGGACCCCUGAAAUGGAUCGGUAUUUCAUUGAUCUCAUGUUGGAACAAGUCAACAAAGGAAAUAAAUUUGAUGACCAUUUGUUCAGCAAACGAGCCUGGAAGCACAUGGCUUUGUUGUUUAAUUCAAAGUUUAAGUUUCAGUAUGAGAAAGAUGUUCUUAAGAAUAGGCAUAAAACGUUGAGGAAUCUGUAUAAGGCUGUUAAGAAUCUCCUUGACCAGAGAGGCUUUAAUUGGGAUGAAACUCGCCAAAUGGUUACUGCUGAAAACAAUGAUUGGGAUGAAUAUAUUAAGGCACACCCAGAUGCUCGUUCCUUUAGAAUAAAAACCAUUCCAUAUUACAGUGAUUUGUGUAGGAUAUACAGAGAUGCAUUCCCUGAGCCAACAGGUAAGAAUGUGCCUGAGGGAUCCUUGCUUUCAAGUGGUAAAGUAGCUAUUGAAGUUACACAGCCAAGUGAAGUUGGGGAUGGGGACACACUGGCGCUUCAUGAUAUCAUGAUUGAUGAAGAUUAUGGAAUAACUAUAUCCGAGAAAGAUGCUGAACUUGAAGCUCCACAACAGGCUAUGGCGAGCUCGAGAGGAACCACAUUAAGUAAUCGAACAAGAACUUAUUGGCAGCCGCCUAUGGACCGGUAUUUCAUUGACCUCAUGUUAGAACAGGUGCAGAAAGGCAGCAGGAUUGAUGGCGUAUUUCGGAAACAAGCAUGGAUGGAGAUGAUUGCGUUGUUCAAUUCGAAGUUUGGGAUUAGCUAUGACAUGGAUGUUCUUAAAAAUCGGUACAAGACUUUGAGAAGGCAAUUUAAUGUGAUCAAGAAUCUACUUGAUUUGGAUGGUUUUGUUUGGGAUGAGACGCGCCAAAUGGUGACUGCUGAUGACUGUGUCUGGCAAGAUUAUAUCAAAGAUCAUACAGAUGCUAGACAGUUCAUGACCAGGCCUGUACCUUAUUAUAAAGAUUUGUGUGUGAUAUGCGAUCCAUGUUCUGAUGAAAAAGAGAGCUCUUCUGGGCAAGGGUUGGAGCAACAAAAUGAUCAAGAUACUAGGUCUCCAGCUACAUCAGUUUCAAACAGUGAAUUUAAGAACAAGCGUCAACUAGAGAACUGGUCUUCCCUUCCUCAAUCAAAAAGAUUUCGGGAAAAAGAUGAUGGAAUGGCUAGUGCUUUUCGUGAGAUGGCUACUGCAGUUUCUUCUCUGUCAGAUAAUAAGAAAACUGAAGAGAACUACUCCAUCCCAAUAGAGAACGUGAUUGAAGCAGUGCAAGCUUUGCCGGAUAUGGAUGAAGAGCUUGUGUUGGAUGCGUGUGAUUUGAUAGAGGAUGAGAAAAAGGCCAAAACUUUUAUGGCCUUAGAUGUUAAGUUACGUAAAAAGUGGUUGUUAAGAAAACUGAGACCGCAAGCAUAGCCAUUUUAUUUGUGCUGUAGUCGACUUUUGUUUUGGUGGAUGGGCUACUCAGGUGAAUUAGGGUGUCGUGUUCAAGAAAAGGAAAAUGAAAGAAUUCACAUCGUAGAGAGAUAGAGAGGCAGAUAUGAAAGAAGCUUGUAUCUAUAUAUAUCUACAUUAUUUGUUGAAGUGAUUCAAAUGAUUAGUUCAACUAGUAAUAAUAAAGAGUAUAGUUUUUUAUCAAUAAGCCAAGACACACUUGAAGAUAGUAUGAGACUCAGCUGAAUUGUGCAUAAUAUGCAUUUCAUUGAUGUUUUUACCUAUUUAUGUCAAUA